AUGUUUUCAUCGCGGGAGGUAGCGGUGAUCUUCCCCACCGGCUCUGAGCUUCCGACUGGUCCCCCGACUAGUGUGAUAAUUGUGUGUACGGACGAGAAAGGAAAGAUCGCAGCAGCGGGUGGCGCGCCACGUGAAGGCGGCACGAACUACACUGCUGAUCGUGGGGUCGUGCGUGAUGGGGUGGGCGCCGGCCGUCUCCGUCUACGUGCUGCUCUGCGAAGACUGCCCCUUGGGCCCGGGAGCCCCGCUCUCAGCCGCCAUGUUCCACGUGUACAGCACGUGCAACCUGCUGCUCAUCCUCAAGACGCUGCUCAACCCCAUCAUCUACGCGGCGCGGAUGAACGAGAUCAAGGCCUGAACGAGCGGGAGGACGAUAACAACCAGGUCGUAGCUGCAGUGAUGGAGCCGGAAGGCGGUGGUACCUCGAACACACACACAGGCGCACGACACUCCCAGUGGGAUGAGCGAUCGUGGGGCGUAAGGCGGUGCCACUGCUCCCGCAGGGGCUUCUCGCCGCCAUUUGUUCCGCCCCCGCGCAGCUCCACAAUUAAAGGGACGCCGUCCUUCUUCCGGCUGCCGGGAAGCCUCCGCGCCCUCCGGCGGCCCUCCAUCAAGGGCCGGGGGGUGGGCGAGGGGGGCGAGGGGGGCGGCGUCGGGCUAAGCGGGCGCGGUUUUGCUCCGUUCGUCGCCAUCGAAGCCGUCGGUUUUGCACAGAGCCAGCAUAGCGCCGUCUCUGCAGCGAUGUUACUGUCCCGGCCGCCGAAGUGUAGGUCGGCGCCAGAUCUCUCCACCAAGGAAGUGGCGGCGCUCGACGAGCAACUGAAUGGAGCAGCAACGGGACAUACCGCCCUUACGUUGCGUGGUGACCACAAGCGUGAUGUCACCACCGAUAUAAAAAGGGGGCUGUAA